UAUUUCCGGAAGUGUGAUACAGACCAUUUACCAUAACUGUCCACAUUGAUCAUCGCAGAAAGAAUUAUCUACUAUUUCAAAUUGAAGAAUUAUCAGCUGCGCGAGAUAGAACUCUACGUUCCAUUUCGUGAAAGUAUUUUCGUGAAAAAAUGUGUACUCAAACGAAGGCUGCUGCUCUCAUUGCGAACAUUCCAGAGGCAGAAAUCGACCCGACUGGUGUGUUCAAAUACGUUCUCAUUCGAGUACACAGUAAAGAAGACGGCGACGACUCGAGCGUAGAUAUUGUACGUGGAUAUGCCUGGGCCGAAUAUCAUGCUGAUAUCUAUGACAAGGUAGCAGAGGAGCUUGAGAAAGGAGGGCACCUAGAUUGUGAAUGUAUUGGAGGAGGAAGGAUUAAGCAUGACUGCCAGUCAAAGAAGAUCCACGUCUAUGGCUACUCCAUGGGCUUCGGAAAAGCAAAUCACGCUGUUUCCACAGAGAAACUGAAGGUGCGCUACCCUAAAUACGAGAUCACCUGGGCUGAUGAGGGAUAUUGACCUACACUGGACCUGUCUUGGUUCAGGCCAAUCUCCUUUCUGUGUCAAUAAGUGUGGGCCAAUAGUACACAGCAGAACCUCAGUGGCAUCACAUUAUGUGAGAUCUGAAGACAAACCUGUCAGUACAAAGCUGAAACUGGGACUAAGACUGACACAGUACCUAGUUGCUGACUAAUAUAGCCAGAACAACAGUGCUUGAUUUUCUAUUUUGUUUCAGUGAAACAAUAGAUGGAAAACAUAUUACCUAACAGAAGUCGUUUUAUGUUUAAACAUAAAAUGAAUAAAUGCUUGCGUUGAUUUAAUAAAUGGUAAUGUAUGCUUUAUUAA